GGCGGCUACACCACCCCGCAGCAGGUCUCCCGCUCCUGGCUGCUCAGCAUGACGGAGUGGGCCACCCAGCCGCUGCUGGGCAGUACCGCCGCGCUGUGGCGGGGCAACGAGUACCGUGCGGGGGGCCUGCGGCAGGGCGCCGCCGCCGCCCACAUCCUGGUGUUUGACCGGGCCACGAAGCGGGUGGUGGAGGAGGCUGUGUCUCCGGGCCUCAUGCUGGCCAUGCGGGCGAUGUACCAGACCUCGGAAGGGGCGCUGCUGCUGCGGGAGGGCACCUGCCGCAAGCUGAAGCAGAUGUCAGAGAAGUACGGCGCCCGCGCCGACAGCCCGGAGAGCGCCGCAGACAUUCCCAAGUUCCUGGCUGCCUUCCGGGGGCAGAUCGACAUGAAGGUGAGGGAGGGCCCUCAAGCCAACCUGGUGUGCUGCUCGCCUGCCCCGGCACCGCUGCGCAGCCUGCCCCUACUGCUGCCGCCGGCGCUCUCCCUCUCGCACCCUGCGCUGCUGCCGCACCUGUCCCGCAGGCUGACUGUGUUCAACAGUGUGGAUGAUGCCACGCGGUGCUGGAUCAAGGGGAAGAAAUUCAGCCUGGCUGGCAUGCUGGGAGACGCCGGCGCCGCCGCCGCUGCCUCACCCGACGGCGGCGCGGACGGCGGCGCGGACGCCGUCGACCCUCGGGCUGUGGCGCCGGCGCCGGAGGGAGGGUCGAUGGCCAUCUUCAGGCUGGCCCCGCAGGACUACCACAGGUUCCACCUGCCUGUGUCCGGCCGGGUGGAAAGCAUCACCGACAUCCCGGGCGAGCUGCUGACCGUGAACCCCAUCGCCGUCAAUUCCCGCUUCGCCGACGUCUUCACCCGCAACAAGCGCUCCGUGCUGUGCCUGCGGGCGCCGGGGUACGGGCUGGUCGCCUACGUGGCGGUGGGGGCCACGGUGGUGGGCAGCAUCCGCUGGACGGUGGAGGUGGGGCAGGAGGUGGCCAAAGGCGCAGAGGCCGGCUACUUUGCGUUUGGGGGCAGCACCUGCGUGGUGCUGUUCCAGGAGGGGGCCGCGGUGUGGGAUGCCGACCUGGCGAAGAACAGCCUCAAAAGCCUGGAGACGAGGGUUCUGAUGGGGGAACGGCUGGGCGUG